AUGGCCGAAGUCACGGAAGAAAAGCCUAGGAAAUCAUUCCGCUCCUUCAUAUGGGAUACGGAUACCCAUUUGAAGAGUCCAGAAGAGAGAAAGCUUCUCAGAAAAUUGGAUUGGUCCAUCUUGACAAUUGGAUGUUUUGGGUUCUUCCUCAAAUACCUGGACCAGAAUAACAUCACCAAUGCCUAUGUUAGCGGAAUGCAGGAAGACCUGCAAAUGUACGGCAAUGAGUAUACCUAUGCCCAGACUGCCUACACCUGCGCCUAUGCCAUCAUGCAGAUCCCCAGUACCUUGAUUAUCCAGCGUGUUCGACCCAGCUGGUGGUUGGCAUUCAUGGAAAUUGGUUGGGGCUGCUUUACAUUUGCCCAGGCCGGUCUGAGAAAUCACACGCAGCUCUAUGUCUUUAGGUUCAUGAUUGGUUUCUUUGAGAGCUCGUGGUUUCCGUGUAUGCUGUUUGUUCUCGGAAGUUGGUACACCAAGACGGAAUUAGCCAAGCGAGUCGCGAUAUUGCACAUGACUGCACCUGUUGGCACCGCAUUCAGCGGUUACUUACAAGCGGCGGUAUACGAAAAUCUCAAUGGCGUGCACGGCAUGGCCGGUUGGCGAUGGCUCUACAUUAUUUGCGGAGUCAUGACACUACCUGUGGGAAUUGUCACAGCCUUCUUCUUCCCAGACACACCACACACGACCAGGGCAUUCUUCUUGUCCAACGAGGAAAAGGAACUAGGUGUGCAGAGGGCUCAAAACGCUGGCAAGGCGCCGCCAGCUCCACUGACAUUGAAGAGAGUAUUCAAGGUGUUGAGAGGAUGGCGCUGGCCGUUGCUGGUGCUUGGUUAUGUGCUGUAUGGUACAAGUUGCCAGAAUAGCGGUUACUUCUCCAUCUGGCUCAAGGCUGAGGGGUUCUCCGUCGAGCUACGCAAUAUCAUUCCGACAGGCACGAGUCUCAUCUCGGGCUUCUGCGUUGUGCUGUGGGGAUUUUUGUCUGAUUACACGGGGUCUCGAUUUGCCUUUAUCGUGGGACCUCUUACUUUUGGGCUUUUGCCAACCGGUAUACUGGCAUUCUGGCCAGCCAGUGUUCAGCUUAAGGAAUUUGCUUUUUUGACAAGCGGCGUUCAAUUAAUGACUGCCAUAUUCUACACCUGGGCCAACGAGAUCUGCGCCGACAACAACGAGGAGAGAGCUUUGGUGGUGAGCUCCAUGAACGGCUUCCAGUAUGCUGUGGCCGCGUGGUUGCCCAUCCUUAUUUUCCCGCAGGUCGAAGGGCCCACGUUUCGCAAGGGAUUUCCUUCCACCUUUGGCUUCACCAUUGCAGCCAUCAUCUGCGUUUGCGUCAUCCAGUGCUUUGUCAUGUGGGAGCGCAAAAGGAAAGCCACUACUGCCGCUCAAGAUGUCGAGCAGCCCAGCUUCGAAGGCUCGGUGGUCGGCAAGGAUGUAGAAAAGCUCGGAGUGGCAGAUACGACUGCCGAGGAGCUCAAGCCUGGCCAUCAUGCUUCUGCUUAG